UUCCCCGCCUGUGUGUCUCCAUGGAAGGUUGUGUGAGGUCCACGCCUCGGUCUCUUUGCUCACUCAAAUCGCCUUACCAUCAAAGUCAAAAAAGUUAGGAAGUAGGCUGCAUGGACAGCUUUCUUCGACUUGGUGGGUCCCAGGGGAUCAAAAAGUUCGUCAAACCAGAGGAUGAACCUGAGGCAUGGAGGGGCGGCACCCAGCCUUUUGUCGGCUCAGACCUAACCUCAAGUUUCUCAGCUUCCAGGGAGUGUGUUCCCGAGCCGGUUUAUCAGAGGAAAUUUGUCUUCCUCAGAACCAGGAAGUUAAAGUCAGCACCCACGGAGAUGCUCGUGGCGUGGGAAGUAGUCGUAGCCUCCACGGGAUUCUAAUCGGCUCGUUUCUCUGGCCUUCAAGAUUCCAGUGAGAAAGUGGAGAGGCAUUGUAGGGUCAGAUAAAUACAUUACCAGACUUGGAGCAUACCUGACGACUCGGAAGCAAAAGAGGAGACAAAAGAAUGAAAAGCAAACCCUGAGAAAGUAUUUUUAGCCUUUGAGAAUAGAAACAGUGCUAAUGGUGCAUCAAAAACCUGCCUGCCCUAGGCACUUUAAAAGCAGAGGAUUUUAAAAUCUGCCUUUUUCUCUUUCUGGGAGUAAUCCUUGUAGAAGUCUGUUGGGAAGUUCAGACUUUUAUUCUUCUGUUUUCGUUCUAAACAUUCAUUGGAAGUUUGAUUUCUACCUGUCCAAACCGACUUCAGAUCUUCCAGGUCAAACUUGCUGUUUCACAGUCUUCAUUUCAGUACAUGUCAGGAAACUUGUUCAAGUUCAAAAGUUUUGGUGCCAUCUUCUCGCUCCCCUCAUCAACACACAAGAUUCUGCUGGCUCUUCCUCAGAAUAUACACAGUAUCCUGGGACUUCUGCACCUUUUCUGCUCUACCCACUAGUCCAAUCGCCAGCAUUUCCCAUGAGAUCGUUGGAAUAGAAGAUGAACAAACCCAUAACACCAUCAACAUAUGUGCGCUGCCUCAAUGUUGGCCUAAUUAGAAAGUUGUCAGAUUUUAUUGAUCCUCAAGAAGGAUGGAAGAAAUUAGCUGUAGCUAUUAAAAAACCAUCUGGUGAUGAUAGAUACAAUCAGUUUCACAUAAGGAGAUUUGAAGCAUUACUUCAAACUGGAAAAAGUCCCACUUGUGAAUUACUGUUUGACUGGGGUACCACAAAUUGCACAGUUGGUGAUCUUGUGGAUCUUUUGGUUCAAAAUGAGUUUUUUGCUCCUGCAAGUCUUUUGCUUCCAGAUGCUGUUCCCAAAACUGUUCAUACUGUACCAUCUAUAGAAGCUACAGUAGUUCAGCAGAAACAGAUGCCUUUCUAUGAAAAAGACAGGACAUCUAUGAUACCUGUGCAGAAUCUUGAACAAAAUCAUAUGCUACCUGACUCUUCAACUCCAGAAAAUAUAAGUUUAGAAGUUAGUGAUACACGUUUUCAUAGUUUUUCAUUUUAUGAAUUGAAGAAUGUCACAAAUGAUUUUGAUGAACGGCCCAUUUCUGUUGGUGGCAAUAAAAUGGGAGAGGGAGGAUUUGGAGUUGUAUAUAAAGGCUAUGUGAACAACACACCUGUGGCGGUGAAGAAGCUUGCAACUAUGGUUGACAUUAGUACUGAAGAAUUGAAAAAACAAUUUGAUCAAGAAAUAAAAGUAAUGGCAAAGUGUCAACAUGAAAAUUUAGUAGAACUGCUUGGUUUCUCAAGUGAUGGCGAUGAUCUGUGCUUAGUGUAUGUUUACAUGCCCAAUGGUUCAUUGCUAGACAGACUGUGUUGCUUGGAUGGUACUCCACCACUUUCUUGGCACGCAAGAUGCAGGAUUGCUCAGGGUGCAGCUAAUGGCAUCGGUUUUUUACAUGAAAACCAUCAUAUUCAUAGAGAUAUUAAAAGUGCAAAUAUCUUACUAGAUGAAGCCUUUACUGCCAAAAUAUCAGACUUUGGACUCGCACGGGCUUCUGAGAAGUUUGCCCAGACCGUCAUGACUAGCAGAAUUGUGGGCACAACAGCUUAUAUGGCACCUGAAGCUUUGCGAGGAGAAAUAACAGCCAAGUCUGAUGUCUACAGCUUUGGUGUGGUUUUACUAGAAAUAAUAACUGGACUUCCAGCUGUGGAUGAACACCGUGAACCUCAGUUAUUACUAGAUAUUAAAGAAGAAAUUGAAGAUGAAGAAAAGACAAUUGAAGAUUAUAUUGAUGUGAAGAUGAAUGAUACCAAUUCCUCUUCAGUUGAAGCUAUGUACUCUGUUGCUAGUCAGUGUCUUCAUGAAAAGAAAAAUAAAAGACCAGACAUUAAGAAGGUUCAACAGAUGCUGCAAGAGAUGACAGCUUCUUAAAACUGUGUAGGAAAGGCCACCUGAUUUUUAUAUAUAGUUAUCUAAACCAUUUUUAAACUAUUUUUUCUAGAUGUUCUUUAUCGUUAACAAGACAUCAUGAUGCAAUGCAGUGGUUUCUAAAGCAUGCAUUGAACCUCCAACAUAUAGAACAAAUAAAAGUAAAGCCACCACAUCAACACUUAACCCUACCCACUUAGUAUCAACUUCAGUAUUCAUAGUAACCCCUGAGACAUCGACUUUGAACAUCAUCAAACAUAGUUAAAAACAUUUUUUUUUCCUUAAUAACAUGGACUGAAUUUUUCUGCCUCCCUGACAGGUGGUCAUGAAAAUCAACUGAUGCAGAAUAUGUACAGGCACUGUGUAAAUAGUGAAGUGAUAAAAACAUUUAAAGUUUAUAGAUGUAAUUAUAAAAUUCUAUUAUAGUCAGAUGUCUACAGGCUUGUGUUCACUUUAUUCUAUUUUCAACAAUCAUUUGCCACAAACUAAAUAUCCCCUAAUGAUACUGCCCUGAUGAUAUGGCUGUUAUUAGGUUAUAUUACAUGGCAAAGUUGAAGGGAUUUUACAGAUUCAGUUAAGGCCCCUAAUCAGCUAACUUUGAGUAAUAAAAGGAAUCCUGUUUUAAAUGGGUCUAACCAAAUCAGGUGAACUCUUCAGGAAAUAAAGAGAGAUUCUCCUAUGGGUCUCAAAGAACUAAGUACCAUGUUGUAAGAGGGCAAUAUUGCCAAAACUAAAGGGUAGCCUCUAGCAGAUGAGAGCUGUUAGUCAGCAAGAAACAAAUGGGACAUCAGUUGUGCAACCACAUGGAACUGAAUUUUGCCAACAACCUGAAAGAACUUAGAAGAAUAUUGCAACCUUCAGAUGAUACAAUGCCCCAACUGACACCUGGAUUUCCACUGAAUGUGGACCUGUCCAAGCUACCCGGACUUUUGAUAUGUAGAACUGUGAGAUAAUAAAUGGGUUGUGUCAAUCCACUAAGAGUAUGAUAAUUUGUUAUACAGCAACAGAAAAUGAACACAGAGAGAGACUCUCAGGAUGAUUUGCCUGUGAUGAUCCCAUCAUAUUUAUAGAUUCUACGUAUGCUCGAGGGUGUUUGGAAAUUAGAAAUUGAGUAUGAGUAUACCCUAGGAUUGUAAUGUACUGAUUUUCACUGAAUUCUUCAUUUCAUGAGGCCCUAGUCUUUUGAAAUUUGUUUGUUUUAUCAUAGUGAGAGAUUUCCUACAGUAGUGGCCAAUUGAUUUGUUAAAUGAUGUUUAACUAUUUAUUCUACAUUUAAAGUUCAUAGUUGGUUUAUAUUAUUUGAAAGUCUAUUUUAUAGCUUUAGAUGAACAGAAGGAAGGAAUUUACUUAAGUAUGAAAACUGACUGACAGAAAAAUGACUAUGUAUGAAUAUAAUGCCUAGUAUCAGUAACUUUUCAUUCAUUCAGUAACUUUUAUGUCAUUAGUUCUUUUAUUUUACACCCAGAACAUGAGCAUAUAAGGCAAGCUGUAGCAAAUUAUCAUACAUACAUAUGAUACAAUAUGUACAAUAGUACAUAAAUUAUGUACCAUUUAGUCCUUCCUAAGUGCUGUCCUGGGAAAUGAAGAUAGAAUAUCUUUCUUUUUUUUUUAUUGUAAACAAAUGGGAUACAUUUUGAUUCUCUGUACAUGGAGUAAAGGCAUACCAUUCAUGUAAUCAUAAAUUUACACAGGGCAAUGUUGUUUGAUUCAUUCUGCCAUUUUUCCCCCUACCCCCCCUCCCCAUCCACAAGAUAGAAUAUCUUUCAAAUCGCCUUUAUAAAUUAAGUAUGUAAGUGGUUGCCACAACUUACUGAAAUAUAAGCAAUUUAUUUGCUGGUUAAAAAGAAAAAUGAGUAAAUAAAAAGACCGCAUCCAAAUUAAUCUCGACAGGAACCAACAUAAUUUGAGACAUACAAUUGUUGAUAGUUAUAUUAUUUUAAAUAUAGCUGAUAAUUUUAAAUAUAGUUUGAAGAUUUAACUAUUUCUUGAAAUGAAAGCAUGUAUAUAAAAUAGCAUGUAUAUGUAGCUCUGAUUAUGGACUGUG